AUGGCUCAAACACACAUGCAAUUAGAAGACUGGCUGGAUGACCUAUGCGUCCGGUUCAUAAUCAACCUACCAGAAGAGGACCUGUCUUCGGUGGCUCGGAUAUGUUUCCAAGUCGAAGAGGCCCAAUGGUUCUACGAGGAUUUCAUCCGACCACUGGACCCCAAUCUCCCGUCGAUGACUCUGCGAACCUUCAGCCUCCGCAUCUUCAAGCACUGCCCUUUGCUCGCCUCCUUCUCAACCGAAAACCAUAUACAAGCCUUCGAAGAGUUUCUUGAAUACAAGACUCGCGUGCCUGUGCGCGGAGCGAUUUUGUUGAACCAUGAAAUGGACUCUACGGUACUCGUGAAGGGGUGGAAGAAGGGCGCAAACUGGAGCUUUCCCCGUGGCAAGAUCAACAAGGAUGAAGAUGACCUGGACUGUGCGAUUCGCGAGGUAUGGGAAGAGACAGGACUGGACCUCCGAGAAGCUGGACUUGUACCCACCGAAAAUCCCAAAUACAUCGAGAUUACGAUGAGAGAACAACAGAUGCGUCUCUACGUCUUUCGCGACGUGCCUAUGGAUACGCUGUUUCGGCCUCAAACCAGAAAAGAAAUCAGCAAGAUCGAGUGGUACAGGCUGUCGGAGCUCCCAGCGUUCCGCAAAAAGAAGACGUCGAAUGGUCAAGACGCCGGCGCGGGACUGAGUGCGAACAAGUUCUACAUGGUUGCCCCGUUCCUCGUCCCUUUGAAAAAAUGGGUUAGUUCACAGAAGAAGCUGGGCUCAAAGAAGUUCUCGCAUUCGGCCGGAAAUACUGGCCUACAUCCCCACCAUGCCCUUGACGAGGUGUAUACUGAGGAUGAUACUUGGCCUCAACCCGCCCCUGAAGGAAUUUUGCAAACCCAUAAUAGUCUGGAGGAUGCUACCCACGAACUGCAACGCCUUCUCAAAAUGCAGCCCCCUACGCAAGGUCUUCAGGCUGCGUCUGCAACUGAAGACAAAGCUAGCGCGCUCCUCUCAAUGCUUCAAGCUGGAGGAUCCAAUCCUGCGACUUCAUCUAGGCCUGGCAGUAUGUUGCCGCACACACCUAUGAAUGCGGGCCCGGAACCUGUCCCUCAACCGCGCAAUCCGCAUCACCAUACCAAUCAACACCAUACUGCUAUCCAACCGGUCGAGCCACCCCCUCCAUUCCCUCUCAAUCAAUACCACCAGGGAUCUCACUGGAAUACUCCGCAGAACCUGUAUCAACAGCACUCUUUCGGAAACGCCCAAGCCUCCCUUGUCCACCCACAACCUUUGCCACCCCAGGUGCAACGGGCUGUGUUUGACAGGGCAGGAUACCAGGAGAACCAACCGCCUCUGCAUAACAAUAUUCCACAAGAGCAAGGCUACACAGUAUCGAGGCAAUCAUCGUUGAACUUACCUCCAGAAUCGGGGAAAACUGCCCAUUUGGAUGGUCAAUCGAUGGCCCUCCUCAACGCGUUUAAGCAAGGAGACCCUGCCCCAGUACCAGUUGAGCAACUCCCACCAAAGCAAAAACUUUUUGAUUCCCAGGUUCACUCUGGCCAUGCCCCCUACCACCAUCAACAACCGGCCACACAUGGGCUGUCCUUCCCUUCAGAGCUUGCAGCCUCAUCCCACAGCUCCUCACAACAUAUUCCAGCAGCCAAACCCCCCAUCGAACCGCAUCGCUCAGCCUUGUUGGGCAUGUUCAAGAAUCCAGCUCCCGAGACAACUACGAAUAUGGCUCCAAGACCUUUCCAAGACUCCACACUCUCUGGACCAAGGCCUCAGGGCGCUGCGACCGGGAUAGAGAAGCAGCUCUUAGAUGCGUUUCGGGGGAUACCCCCGGGACCCGAAUUGUCGGCUAAACCACCACACCCAAUUCACAGCCAACCUGCAGAUCCAAGCGCUGCCCUCUCUGAUUUCUUGGCCCUGAAGCCCCGGCAGGAACAUAACAUGCACCCCAGAAAAACGACAAAUGAAAAUAUGCCAAUCCCUACUCGAACCAGCACAGCGGCUUCAGCAAAUGCACCCUCGCAACCCAUCCGUAUCCUCCAAAGGGGCCAAGGAGACCCAUUCCACUUCUCCGGUCACUCUGAACGGACGAUCCCGAACUCGCCCUACUCCAGCCAAGCUCUGCCCGGGACGGUUGAGUUGGCUACUUCCGCUGAUAGGUCUUCUGUUGUGUCGCCGGGUGCAGGCACUCGACGAGCUGAAGUCUCCCAGGAUCAGAAGAAGCAGCUCCUGUCAUUAUUCGGCAAGCAGCCGAAUCCUAAUGCCCCCGGCCAUGAUGCCGCCCAGGCCGAACUGGCGGCGCCCGAGCCCCCUCGGUCGCGCCUCGUGUCCCUCGCAGGCAGUGGGGUUGGCUUUGGAACUGGGCCUCCUUCCAGGGGCAGUAGCCAGACCCCGAUAUCCCCGGCGGACCAGAGCUUUUUGUUAGAUUACCUUCAGUCAGUGACAAAUAACGCGUCUCGCUGA